AUGUUGCUUCCCCUGGUUGAAUCUUGUUUAAGUGAAGAAGUUUUAAGAGCCUGGCGGAGAAAUGAUAGAGGAUUGGAUGGAAAAGAUCAUGCGAAAGAAUCUCGAUUGGAAAGUUUGAUGAAAUUUUUGAAGAACGAAGUUGAAAAUGAGGAUAGGAUAGCUCUUGCCAUGAAAGGCUACUCUCUGAAAGAAAAUAACAAAAAUAUCAAAAUUAAAAGAGACUUGGCGGCAGCUGCGGGACUUUUUUCAGGAAACAAAAAAUCUGUUUUGAAGUGUGUAUUUUGUGACAAGAGCAAUCAUGAAUCUAAAGAAUGUCAUGUUGCUCGAAAUUUGGAUUUAAGUGAGAAAAUAAAACGAUUGAAGAAAAGAGGUUGCUGUUUCAAAUGUUUAUGUAAUAAACAUGUGUCAAAGCUAUGCAGAGUCCAAGUGAAUUGUGGGAGUUGUGGUCAAAGACAUCAUGCUGUUAUGUGCCCUGAUAGAAAGACCGUUGAGUCUUCUAACUCUCAAGAAGCAACGGACAGUUCAAUCAAUGUUGGACAGUUCUAUACAUUGGCCAAUUCCACAUGUUCUACAAGUGUGUUUCUACAGACCCUGGUCGUGGUUCUUCGGGGAGAAACACGGUAUUUUGCUGUGAGGGCCCUCAUAGACACUGGAAGUCAGAAAUCUUAUAUUACGAAAGAAGCUGCUAAGAAAAUGAAGUAUCCUGCAUUAAAAGGAACAACUCUUAUUCAUACUUUGUUUGGAGGGAUGCAAAAUCCCCAGAAAUAUUCAGAAUACAAGAUUUUUUGUAAGUGA